AUGGCGGCGCGUUCCCUUGACUCUCCAUUCUUUCGCUCCGUGGUCCCGCGUCGUGUUCCUUUCCCCGCUGACUGUUGCGCAACGGGAAGGGUCCCUGCUCCGCGACCAGCGCGUCCGCCUCCGCUUCUUCGUGGCCGACCCGACCGCUCCCUUGCGCGCCCCUGCACGGUCACCGCGGUCGGCCCAGCGCCUGUCGUUGCCGCGGUUUGGUUCGAUGAUGACGAGGACGAUCCGCGGUUUGCGGGGUGGGAAGGUGGUAGUAGCGCAGGCCGACGGGCGGGGAGACGAGGGGGGAAGCGCGGAGAGAAUGCGGAACAGGGGGGAGCGCGUGCGACAAGCAGGAAGAGGAAAGGCUCGAAGCGCGGUCUGGGAACCGGUACGGUCGACGUCAACAGUGGGGGAGAGCAGCAGGGCAGCAGAGCGAAUGGGGUUGAAGGGAUGAGGAUGAAUGGCAAUACUCCCAGCACUAUUAACACCCCCUUCCCUGGGGAGGCAGCCGUUCUAACGGUGCCUGCUACAGAGAGUGGAGUGCUUGCUGAGACUGCAACAGCGGCUGGUAUCAGGGAAGCUGUGUCAACCCCAACCAGCACAGGUCAACUAGCAACCGCAGGAUCAGCAGGAGCAGCAGGAGCAGGAGCAGGAGCAGGAGCAGGAGCAGCAGCAGGAGCAGGAGCAGGAGCAGGAGCAGGAGCAGGAGCAGCAGCAGCAGCAGCAGCAGGAGCAGGAGCAGGAGCAGGAGCAGCAGCAGGAGCAGGAGCAGGAGCAGCAGUAACCUCGUGGGUUGUGGGGGACGGAAUGUCCUCGUCUGUUCCCCUGUCCUCUUCAUUCGUGAAACCCCUCUCCACGCUCUACCCUCGUGUGCCCUGCCGCGUCUGCCAAGAUACUAAGCUUGUAGAGUGUGCGUGUUGUGAUGGCGUUGGCACCCUGGCCCGCGGAGGCUUUCAGAAAAAAAACCCAGUCUCAGUUUCAAGAAUCAUAGGGUCCAAGUGGACAGCCAUGGUGCGCACGCAUGGUUGGCAUCACUUUAGAGUGGAAUCCAAGAGAAGGAUGGGUGACACUGUUGCGGGGAGGCGCAGAGGUGCAGGAAUGGGUGAAGCUGAGAUGCCUGCAGGGAAUGCUGAUGUGGAUGGGGCUGGCAAUCCAAUUAUUUUCUGGAAGGCUUCUGGCUAUUCUGCUUCCAGCUCUGGACCAGGAGCCAGGGUUGACUGGUUUGUGGAGAUGGUGGCAACAUGUGACCCUAGCACUCGAGUUUGGGUGAAUGCACACAGCCUUAAGGAUCGAAGACAUUGGGCCAUGGGCUGGCUGCAGAAGGAGGAACUGCGGGCUUUGGAUGCAUUCAACGCACAGGUUUCAAGCCCUGGCCCAGGAUCAGGAGUAGAUGGAGGGAGCAUUGAUGGGCUCUCAAAACGUCUGGUGUGCAAGGCAUGUCAAGGACAAGGCAAAGUUGCCUGUCCCAGAUGCAAAGAGCUGGCAGAGAUGAAGGAAAAGGAGAGAGAGCGACGCAGAAAUGAAGGUGGAAGCGAUAACUUUGAUGAUGACUUUGAAGGUGAUGGAUUGUUGGAAAUUAUCCAGAUUUGA